AUGCUGACCCGCCUUCAGAAGAAGUACGCUGGCAAGCCUGUUCGCUUUCUGCUGUUCCCCUGCAACCAGUUCGGAAAGCAAGAGCCCGGCACAAACGCAGAGAUCAAGAAGUUUGCCGAGCAGUACAUUGAUCUGGCCAACUCCGGCCGUGGCAGCAACGUGAUCAUGUUUGCCAAGUCGAACCUGAAUGAUGUCGCCUGCACGUACUCUGGCGAAGAUGCGUGCACCCCAGAAUCAGCAGAGUGCUGCGCUCAAAACGAUGCGGUGUACAAGUACCUGCUGGCCAACACGCCUCCGGGAACCAUCGCCUGGAACUUCGAUAAGAUCAUCACCGACACGUCCGGGAAGCCCUAUGCCGGCGAAGUGAUCAUGCACGGUGGAGAUGUCGAUGCCGCCACCAGCAACGUUGUUGACAACCUUCUGAAGGGCGAUGCACCCAAUUUGGUGGCCCUGCCUGAGAAUGCCGUGGCUGUGCGUUCGAUGUCCUUGUGGCGCUGGCCGGCGUUGGCUGCAGCAGGUCUGCUCAUGGCCGUGCUGUACACAUCCAGGUCUCGACAGGACCUCGUUGGGGACGACAGCGCUGGCUACCUUCAGAUUGCGUAA